AUGGAUAACAAUAAAGAAGAUGAUACUCUUUUGUAUAAUCAAACUUCUGUAAAUUAUCAAAAUGUCAGGUCGGGUAAAAAUAAUAACUCAGAACCAAGUCUAGACAGUUUAAAAAACAAAUCAAGUAUAGACAAUGGAUAUGAAUGUAAAUGGGAUGGAUGCAGAGAAACGAAUAUUGAUGAUAUGUUUAAUCACAUAAAACUUAAUCAUCUUAAAGACCAGACAGAAUAUAAAUGUAUGUGGAUAGGAUGCCAGAAAUAUAAUGAAGUUAAUGUUUCGAAAGGAGGUGUAUAUUCGCAUUGUAGAACACAUGUUCCAAAUUUAAAUAAAAAUUCAAGUGGUGAAAAAGUUUGGUGCUGUAAGAUUUGCAAUAUAGAUUUUAGUAGUAUGAGUGUAUACUAUAGACACAAAAAGAAACACACCAUAUUAGAAAAAAAAGAGGAAUAUAAUAUUAUGCGAAUAGGCGCACUUAGUCGCCGUUUAGAAUUUUAUAAAAAAAAUACAAAAGAAUUACUUAAACUUAUUUAUGAAAAAACACUAAAUACAAGAUUUUUAGAUGGAGAAAUAGUAGAAAUUAUAAAAAAUUACGUAAAAGGAAAUAAUUGUUAUACAAAUAAAAAAAAUUGGAACGAUUAUUUGUAA